AAUAGGUAAAAGUAGGUAUGGAGAAGGUAACUUCUCGCGAGGGGAGUGUCACUAGAGUGCCUGCGGACAACGAUUUAGCAUCGUUGACUAGUGAAAUCCUGAUGCUACCUAGUGUCAAGUUGUAACAUUAAUAAUUGGAUGUGAUAAGUAGAUAGAUAUUAGAAUGGCAUCUACGUGUAUGAUCAUACGUCGUCAGAUCUCGACUUCGUCCGUUUGCUAUGGCAAGCGAAAUUUUCGAAAAUUUCUGUUAUACAAUAAGCGAGGCAGUCGUGCUUUUAAAGAAGCACAAAAGAAAAAUCCGGAUCCUCAUAUUCCAAUUGAUAAAAGAGGCGUAAGAGACACAGGCAUAAAAGUAGGAGAUAAAUUUGUUAAUAUACCAGAAAUGAUACCAGAACUUAUUGUACCUUCACUAAAGGAUUUUCCUUUAAAACCAUAUGUCUCUUAUCAAACUGAAGAUGUUAUACGCAAAGAAUUUACAGCUAAAGAUUUAUUUAAUCUAGUAUAUGCAGAAAAAAUUAAAAAAGACUUUGAAACUAAUCAAUUAGGACCAAAUGGUGAACCAUUAAAUCCUAAUGAAUAUGAAAAAUUAACACCUGAGGAUGCUAAAAUGUUGGCUGAUCAAACUGGUACAGAUAUUUUUACCGAAUACAAAUAUUGCCCUAAAUGGUAAACAUUAUUGUAUUUAUUGUAAAUAUAAGUUAGAACAAAGAAAUGGAAAAAAAGGAAAAUUUCUGGAAUUUGAAUAACCUUAAUAUCCUAUAAACAUAGAAGUAGCAUUUCAUUUUGCAGUCUGCAUAUGGUUUUAUUCAAUAUUUUCGUACACGCAAUGUAUACACUUGCUGACAAUUUUGCAGUUGAUAAAUAGUAAUUAUUUACUAUUACAUGUGACAGCAAGAAAACAAUAAAACAAAUAAUUUAUUGCAAAUGUAAAAACAGACAUUUCGGUUAGUAAGUUUUUUCUACUUCUCGUUCAUUUUGUAUUACCCAAUCUUAAUACAAUAUAUUAGAACAAGUCCUUAUUCAGGAGUAAGCAAUUACUUUGCAAAGUACUUGCUCAUGUAAUAGAUCAACAUGUUGCUGAAAAAUAUGUCAUUGUUUUGACAAAAGUAAUUUUUAAAAUAAAUUUUAUUGGAAGUAAAGCGGUGUUUUUAGAAUUUAUUGUAAAAUAAAUGUAUGCAUUAAUCACCGAGCAUU